AAAAUGUCGACAAGUUCAAAGCAAGUGCUCGAGACUGAAGUGAUCAAAGAAGAAAAUGGCGCUGGCGCUUUAGAAUCAAAGCAAUCACCGAAGGAGCAACGAAAAUGUAAGCAAAAAUAUUUCCUUUUGAUGGAUAAUGAAACUACUAGUCGGGAAGAUUUCGAAGAGUCUGAUAUUCAACAAGUGCUAACACCUGUUGAGAAGGCAAAAUUCGCCAUGCCUCCACCGCCACCACCGCCCACUCCUGUUCAAGCGCAGCCACGGUCAACGUCAGCGGCAGCUGCAGCAUCGGCAGCGUCGCCGGACACCGAAGAUGAUGACGAGAAUUCAGAGAAAUGGGAAGAUCCUUGUGCACCACCACCUCCGCCACCGCUUCCAACAAAUGCAAAAGCCAUUUGUCAGCGUUAUGUCAAAUUGACGGCAGUCAAGUUAAAAGACGCACUGGAGGAGGCCAUUACGAAAAUGGAGAGCAACAAGCGGGAGCAGCAGCAACGAGCGAAUUCCGAUUCGGUAAAACACGUUCUGCCUGAAGCUCAAAGGGAUGCUGUAAAAAUGUCUCCCACGUGUGCAGUAAAACGUUCGGUUAACCCGAUUACAGCCAUGAUUGUACAUCCGAAGUGCAACAAGCCGGCCGUCAUCCGUAAACUGGAGAGAAAGAUGAAAGUUGGCAAGUUGAUGGCCAAACAACUGCAAGCUAAGAACUCCAUCAUCUCGAAGGACGCCAUACCUUUGCCGCCAGCAACAGCCCAUGAGGAUGAGGCCACUCAGGGCCUGAUGACAAUGCAGGUGUUGUCGGCACGCGCUUCAACACCUUAUACACAACCAACCAGUCUGUUAUCCUGCGAUUUGCAUUUGAGUCCACCUACAAACCAAGCCAAGACCAUUGGCAAGAAGCAGCUGACCGAACAACAACAGGCUAAUAGCCAAAAGCUACGCAGUUCCUCGACCGCCAACGGCUUAAGCAGUCAGCGACUGUCGAAGCUACGUAACACCCAAUCGACUGGCGUAUUGCCCGCCAACAAAUUGGAUGGAUCUAUGUAUCAUUAUAGCCGUCAGAAUCUGUUGGAGAUUCGUAAUGCUAUGAUCCAUGCGCUGAUACAUCGUUCCAAGGAAUCGCUGACCUUUAGUAUGCCACGCAUUGCCACCUGCGAUGACAUCGAACUCGAGGCACGUCUACGUCGCAUGAACCUGUGGCGCAACGCAGACGGAACAUCCAUUGUGCGCACCUCCAACAGCUUUAAACCACGUGUCAAUCUCCACAAUCCUAAUGAGUGCAUGCCCGCCUUCUAUAAAAACAGGAAUAAGCAACAAUUGAUCACCGAUGAGUCUAUCAUACAGAGCCAGCCACCGCAACCACAGCAAGAAUUUCAGGAUCCGGCUAUUGUUAAUCAGAGACGCAUUGGGAGCGGACGUCUAUCUCAUACGAGAUGGUCUUACAACAACAACCAUAACAAUAAUAACAAUGAUUACAAGUCCAUUCAUUCAUAUAAUAACAAUCAUCAGCCAAAUUCCAUGGGUAAAUCUCACAUGGGUGAUAUGAAAUAUCAGAACAACAACAACAACUCGAGCAACAUGACUGUUCUCAAGUUCUUCGAUAAUGGUGAGAUUAGCAGUACGCAGUUGAAUGGUACACAACUACCGAAUGGCCGCCCGAAUACGCCCAUAAUGGGCAUGUCUAAUAAUAGUCGUUCCGAGAACGAGAGCUUGAAAUCGAAUGAGUCUAUCGAGGAUCUGAAUCGGGCUAAUGAGACUUCUGUCAAGCCAGUUAUGACGGGCUUUUUGUUCGUUUCCAAGUCUAGAUCACGCGAUGCGGACGAGCGCCACUAUCGUCGCUACAGAAAUCAAAAUGAGGAACCGGAGUGGUUCAGCUGCGGUCCUACCUCUAGACUGGAUACCAUUGAGCUGUGUGGCUUCGAUGAGGACGAGGAGAAAUUGUUGAAAGAAGGGGCAAUCGACUCGAAUGGCGACUCCAUAAUGCAAAAGCAUAAAGUCGAGCCUAGUAAGUAUAAAUGGCAGCAUCCUGAUACAAUUGGUCGAAACAGUAGCAGCAGCAGUAGCACUCACAGCAACGUCGGUGGCAAGUCCAUUUCAAAGAGUGACAGUAAUAAUAAUAGCAGUUCGUUGGAGAACAUGAACAAAAUACAUUCGGCUGAGCAUCAUAAAUAUCAGCAUCAGCAACAGCAUCAGCAACAGCAUCAACAUCAACAUCAACAUCAGCCGCAUCAACCGAAGGACGAGAAACGUUACAACAAUCGUUCGGUUCCGUUUGAUAGGCUCAAGCACAAUCAAAAGAGCUUUGAUAACAAUACUUACGCGCGCGCCGACGGCAACUAUCAGCAGCAACAUAAUCAUCAGCAUAAGCAGCAGCAUCAGCAGCAACACCAGCAGCAGGGAUCGAACAACAAUAGCAAUUCCAAAUUUAUGUCCUUCUUUGCACGCGAUCGUCAGGAUAAGAAUGGUUCAUCGUCAUCAUUGAAUGACUUCUUCAGGCAGGCCAUGAGUCAGAGCAGCAGCAGCAACAUCAGCAGUAAUAGCAAUUUGGAACAGCCGAAGAGCUUGGGUUUUGUCAAUCAAAUGCCAUCUGUUGACCAACUGGAGGCCAAAUGGCGUCGCAACUCGCUCGGCAAUAUGGCAGAUAUUCCAGCAGCAACAGCGGCAGCAGCCGCUGCAGCAGUCGCUGCUGCCGUAGCCCAUGUUGGCAACGACAACAACAAUAACAUCAAUAUUAACAAUAACAUCAAGCAGGCUGAUAAUUUCCAAAAGUUAAUUGGCGCUCUGCAUGGCGCCAAGCCGCAAAUAGUGCCGCCUCAGAUGCCAUCACAACAGAGCCAAAUGGGAGCUGAUGCCAUUUCGAAUUUCAUCUUACAACAGCAGCAAUAUCAGCAGCAACAGCAGAAGCAACACGUGCUCAUCCAACAGCAGCAGCAGCAGACCGCCUUCCUGGCCAGCCUGCAGCUUAAGGCCAUACUGGGACGCGCAGAUACGCAGCUGUUGCUACUGCGUCUGACCAAAGGGGAAAUUUCAAAGCAUGGCCUGCUAGUGCAGUUGGCCAAUCCUCGUUUAACCACCAUGGAUCGCGAAGCCAUAACUGCUGUACUGCAAUUUACAAAUACUCAACAGCAGCAACAGCAGCAUCAGCAGCAGCUGGAGAUGCUCUCGAGUACAGUGAUUGCCAGUCAGUUGCAGAAUCUACACAAUUUGGCUAUUGUUCAGCAGACGCUCGCAGCGCGACAGCAGCAGCAGCAGCAGCAGCAGCAGCAGCAACAACAGCAGCAGCAACAGUUACAGCUGCAACAGUCACAGAUGCAGCCGCAGCAACUGUCGCAAGAGGAUCUGCAGGCGCAUGCCAACACCAUAAUGCGCAAUGCGGUCAUGAAGCGUAAAAUGGAGGAGCAAACCUCAAAGUUGCUCAACAUGAAUGUGACGGCAACGGGCAAGCAACAGCAGUUGCAGCAACAACAAUCACGCUCCCAAUUGCCGGCCAUGCUUGGAGCGAGAGUUGGACGCCAGGAUUCAACAUCAAAUGCGCUGCUGAAUGCGCUCAUUGCUGGUAAAAGCCUACCAGCAACAAUUAACGGUAGCUUGGUGUCAUCCCAGCAGCAGCAGCAGCAGCAGCAGCAGCAACAGCAGUUGUCGGCUAACUCACGACGUUUCACAGAAGGCGCAAAUUUCCAAAUUGGGGAAAUGUCCAAGCCGGUUGGACAGUUUCUUUCUUAUCAACAACAACAACAGCAGCAGCAACAACAAUAUGCACAGCAACAAAUUCUUAAUCAACAAAAUACUCAGAGCAACAUCAAUCUUAAUUUAAAUAACAAUUUUAACAAACCUCAAAAUCAACCACAACAGUCUGUAGCAAUGCUGUCAGCUGGCAGCGGCGGAGAUGAGCUUCAUUAAACAAUUUGCCUCAACAACUGUCGGUAUGAUGGCGAUGGCCAUCGGUUCGACGAUGGCCAUUUAUUGCACUCACCGUUUUUUUAUUCAACC